AUGCUUGCAAUAUCUUGUGAAGGGAACUCUUUUGAGAUAGGGCUAAAACAUGGUGAGGAGGCACGGGAGCAGAUAGCUGGAAGCCUGGAGUUCUAUAAAAGUUUGUUUAAGCGGCGAUGUCGGAUGGAUUGGCCGCACGUUUGCGCCGCUGCGGUCAAGUUCGUGCCAUUCCUGGAGACAUCAUUUCCAGGAUAUAUGCAGGAGAUGCGAGGCAUUGCCCAAGGAGCGGGUGUCCCCGUGGAAUCUAUCGUGGCACUGAACGUGCGCACGGAGAUUGCAUAUGGCAUGUUCAGCGACGGCUGCACGGCUCUGUCCUGGAAAUCAGAGGAGGAGAGCUUCCUAGCUCAGAAUUGGGAUUGGGAGCGCGAACAAUCCCCAAACCUGCUCAUUCUUCACAUCCACCAAACAGCAAAUACAACAACAAGCACGAUCCCGACAAUCCACAUGUUAACUGAAGCCGGCAUAAUUGGCAAAAUCGGCCUCAACAGCCACGGCGUCGGCGUCACCCUCAAUGCGAUAAAAGCCGCUGGCGUAGACUUUGCCAAACUACCCACCCACCUCGCCCUGCGCGCGGUGCUCGAUAGCGCCUCCCGUGCCGAUGCCGUGGAGAUAUUGGAACGGUAUGGUGUCGCUGCUGCGUGUCAUAUUCUCGUUGCGGACCGGACGGGCGGGGUGGGCUUGGAGUGUUCGGCUAGGGAUGUUGUGCGGCUGGAGAUGGGAGAGCGGACAGAGGAUGGUGCAGGGGAUGUGGUUGGCGUAGUCACGCAUACUAACCAUUUCAUCCGUCCACAUUUGGAAACGGAAGGGGAGUUGCACUUGGUUGAUACCCUCGACCGAUUGAAGAGGGUGAGGGAGCUGGUUGCGGACAAAACAGCGGCGGGCCCGCCCAGUGUUUCGGCGAUUGAAGACAUUUUGGAGGAUGAACAGGGCUACCCGACUGCUAUUUGUAGAGAGGUAACAAGAGAAAGCUCCAUCGCAACCCUGUUUAGUAUUGUGAUGGAUUUGGGGAAGGGGAGGGGGAGGGGGAGGGGGUUGAUCAAAAUUGGAAGGCCGGUUAAGCCUGAGGGGUUGAUUGAAUUACGGCCGUGA